AUGGAAGAAGAAGAGGUGAAUUCUUUAGGCAAUCGAAUUGCAACGGCGAGUCCUUUGCCCGACAAUGUGCCCGUACGGGGGCUUCCAGAACUCCCCUCUGAGGUUCUGGUCACAAUCUUUAGCUUCUUAGACCCUAUGACAUUGGAUGGCCUUUCUUUGGUUUGCAAGAGGUGGAAGAUGGUUAUCAACGAUAACGAACUGUGGAGAGAGAAUUUCAUCAAGUUUUUCGGGUCUAAGCAGUUCCAGUCACUAACAAGAUCUACCCAAUGGAGAACUGAGUUGCUAAUGAGGAAAGAGUUGGCACAGAGAUGGAUCAAGGGAAAAGGGAUGUACCACACCUAUGCUGUCAGAAACGGUGUGAUAACUGAUAUUGCAGCGGAUUUUAGGAAUGAUAAACUGGUUUUGUUUUCUAAAAAUACUGGAGAUCUCACAAUAACGAGCCUUCGAAGUAAUAAAGGCGAAACCCCAAUCACAGGAGUGUUCCCUAAUGGAACAACAAGCUGUGAACUAUCCAAGAACGCCAUGAUAUUUGGAAGAUGGGACGGAAAAGUUUAUCUCAAGCUGUUAAACCAGAAAAACGUGUAUUUGAAUGACUCCAUAUCCCUUAAAGAGUCGACCCACGAGGGUAUAGUCACAGUGACCAAGAUUAAUAAAGAUAGCAUCGCUGGCAAACAUGGCAGUGUUAGAGCAUUUAGUGGUGAUCAUAGAGGAAGGGUGAUUGGCUGGGACCUAAAAAAUUACCAGAAAGUUGUUGACUGGCCGAUAUCUAACGCUUCGAUUACUAAUAUCGAAUCCAAUUAUCAAGACUGUGUGAUUGUGAGAGACCAACUGGGAAUAAUUUACGUUAUUGACCAUAAUCUGAAAGAUUCUAAGGGACCCAUGCGAUCACCAAGAAUUAUCAAAACUGAAAAAAUCGAUGAGAAUGCCACUUUUUCUAUGCAAGUGGAUUUUGGAGAUGAAAACAUAGUAAUAUCAUACGAGAAUAAAGUAAGGGUUUACUCGUAUAGUCUGCAUAUGUUUGGGCAUUUUAGUGAGCUUGAAGUUGCCGAAGAUGAUCAAGUUUAUAGAACAGUCAUAAGCCAGAUGAACUUGCAAUGUUGUAGAAAAGACGAUACAUUGGCAGGUCACGAUGGACUUUUAUGUGGGACUAUUUUCAAAUCAGGGAAAACGGUAAUUUGGAACGUCCGCUCGUGGGAAGAUCAGCAGCCAAUACCUAUAAUACACGUUAUUGUGCCGAAAUUCCAGCACUAUGUGUACCUGAACGAGGACUCGCCCCGCGUUGUCUCUUUGGAUAUCAACAGUUCUGUGAUCAUUUUUGGUUCUCACAAUUCCUACUGCUCUUUGUACGACGCUGUGAGUGGAGAGUUCAUGAGGUUCGUCUCAAGAAAAUUACCUAGGAAGAUCCUACUUCAUGACCAGAUUCUUCCCGUCACUGAAACACUGUUGGAUAAAGAGGACAAUUUUGCAACUAACGGGGUCAUAGUAAUGGGAAAUAUUAUCCAGUAUUUCCAGUUUGGAGAGCAAAAAAACUAUGACAAGUUCAAAAAGAAGAUGGCCCGCAACAGUCUGAAACGAGCAGGUGUUGACGACAGGAAAGUCAAGAACCGAAGGCAUAUUAAGGACGAUGUUGAAGAUUUUACGUUUCAACAGAUUCAAGAGCAACAAAAGUCAGAAUUGCUGGAUAAGUAUAAUGGUGACUCAUUUGAAGAUGAGGAAGAAGAAAUGUCAAUAGCCAUAGCUUUGAGUGAAAGCUUGAAGGUAAAGGAGAGAGCAGAGGGAAGCGAAGAGGAAGAAGAAGAAUUGAAGAGAGCAUUAGAGCUCUCCAGGUCUCAAAGUGCCAUCUUGGGUGAUGAAGUCGUAGGACACGAAGACCCAACGCUAAAUUCAGAAGAUCGUGAAUUGAACUACGCACUAGAUCUCUCCAAAAGAGAAACCCAAAGAUCAAACAUUUUCCCUGACGGUGAGGGGUCAUCUUCAAGAAUAGAGAGUGACCUGGACAACACAUCAAAUAAUGACGAUGAGAUGGAGUUGGCUCUAAAAUUGUCUUUGAUAGAGCAUUGA